AUGAUUGACCGAUUCUUUGCGCAGGCAUCUGGCGAUGAUGAGUAUGAGGAGGAGUUUGAGGAUGAGUUUGAGGACGACCAAGGCGAUGAGGAGGCCGAGGGAGGGGCUUAUCCCAGUCCAGAUGGCGAGGAGGAUCCCGUAGAGGGCUCAGGGGACGACUCGGGCAGCAUCGACGUCGGCGGCGGCAAGGCAGGCAGCGGCAAAGCGCGGCGGCGGGUGAACCCCUUGGCGCUGCUGGGGAGCUUGCGACCGAGCAACUUAGCCAAGGCGCUGCAGGCGCAGCGGCAGAAUCUGCAGCGGCUGGUGUGGCGGCUGGAGGACGCGAGCGUUUUCACCGCCAAGUUCGCCUCCAGGGCACUGCUCAAGGCCGCCCGGCCAGCGCUCGUGUGGCUCAUCGUGUCUCGCGCCAUGCGCACGCUGGAGGUCUCUCGCGACCCCCACAUCCGCAUGCUGCGCCAGCCGGCCCACAAGCAAAUCGAUUACUAUUACAGCCAGCUGCUGGGCAAGGACUGGGAGAAGCAGCUGGAGCAGGACCUUCUUGAUGCCGUGCGCGAGGUGGACGAGGGCUACAUCACCGACGAGGUCGUGAAGGAGAAGCGCCGCCUGGCGGCCGUGAUGCUGCGCCGCAUGGAGGUGGAGGAGUGGGACAAGGAGCGCAUGCGCCACUUCUACUACGGCCUCUACGGCAUGGGCCCCUGGUACUGGGACAUGGAGGAGCGCCUGCACAACCCCUUCUUCACGGGGGCGCGCGGCUGGAACGGGCCCAUCGAGAGCUGGGUGGGCGAGAACCGCACGUACGGCGGCGACGCGGCGGCGGAGGACGUCGACUUCAGGGAGCUGGCGCUGGAGGCGAUCGGCAAGGCGCGCGGCCGCGGGGUCGGCGGCGCGGCGCGCGCGCGCGCACUGGCGCGCGAGGAGCUGCGGGGCGCGGACGCGGUGCUAGGCAGCAGGCUGUUUGAGGGCGUGGUGGACCGCGCGGCGGCGCGGGGGGCGCUGGAGGACGCGCAGGGGCGGCAGCACGCAGAGGCGGCGUGA